AUGUCCCUCGGCAGCAAGACUACAACUCCCGGCGUUGCCCCUCGGCGGCACGACUACAGCUCCCGGCGUGCUCUGUGGCGGGGAGGAACUCCAAUUCUCCGGUGUGGCGGGAGCGCCGAGCCCUCAGCCCUGGCCGAGCGGGUCCCGCCGAGCGCGGGCCGCAGCCCGCCCCGCCACCCGCCGCCGCGGGCCCUGCCCAGGAGGGUCUCGGCCGGCGGCCGGCGGAGCGGCACGGCCGGGUUCAGGGCACCGAUCCCGUCCCCAAAGUCCUUCCAGCCUAAUGGAGCCAGUGAAGAAGUCCUGAGGUGUGAAAUCGAAGAGCUGAAACAGAAAGACCUUGCUCUAGACCAGGAAAUUGCACAAUUAUUGUCCGAGGGCUACAGCCUGGAGGAACUGGACAAGCACAUCUCUCUGCUCCAUGAGUACAAUGAAAUCAAAGAUGCUGGGCAGAUGCUCCUGGGCAAGCUAGCUGUGAUCCGAGGGGUCACUACAAAACAGCUCUAUCCUGAGUAUGACCUGGAGCUCAGUGACUAGUCCUGAACCUGGAGACUGCCAUGUCCUGCAAAAGUGACUGUCACUGGGCCGUUACAUGUUGGUGUCAGCCUGGUUUAGAUGAGAAACAAGGUGGAAAAGAAACCUUGGGAAAAGGGGUGUAAGAUUUGAGAGAAUUUCAUGUACUACCUGAUCAAUAGGCCUUUUUUUUGUUAAUUUUUUUUAAAGGUUGUAGCUCAGGUUGAUGUUGAGCCUCUUCUGUGUAGCCUUUGAUUCCCUGCAGUAUCCAAGGGCUGUUUGGUUACUGAAUGGAUAGAGGAAGUGAGGACAUACAAAUGUGCAAUGUAAUAGCUGCUUGGAAAGGAAAACCCUUGGAAGAAGGCAGAAAUGGUGGUGGUUUGGGGGUUUCAUUUUGUUUUAUCAACAAAUCCAGAGAAGUCUGGGUGUUCUGCAUUUUUGUCUUUACCUGCUCUGGUAUCUGGAGGUUUUGUAUCAUUUCUGUAGUAAAUGGCAAAAAGUAAA